AUGACAGUCGGAGGCUGGAAGCAGUUGGAUAUUGCUGUCAUUGGAGGCGGUAUUGGGGGACAGGCUGCGGCGACAUCUUUGCGGCGACAAGGCCACAAAGUCACCAUUUAUGAGCGAGCAGAUUUUGUCGGCGAAGUUGGCGCGUCCAUCUCGUGUGCUGCGAAUGGGACUAGAUGGCUUGAAGAUUGGAAUGUCAACAUCGAACUCGGCGAUCCAGUUGUCCUCAAGAAUCUAAUCAGCCGCGACUGGAAGACGGGUGAACCCAUCAACGUCUAUGAUCUCUCAAAUUACAAGGAGAAAUGGGGAUAUACGUACUACAUGUUUCAUCGGCAAUACAUGCACAAGAUGCUCAAGGAUAGUGCUACCAAUGAGCACGGAGAAGGCAUUCCGGCCAAACUAGUCCUCAACCACAAGGCGCAAAAUGUCGACUUUGAAACCGGCGAGAUCACAUUCGCCAACGGAAAUAAGGUGACGCACGACGCCAUAAUUGGUGCAGACGGCAUCGGUUCCCAGAUUCGCAAAGUCAUGGGAAUUGAAACGGUCCGCAAACCUGCCACGUGCACAUGUCUACAUGCAAACGUGGAUACAGAGAAGGCCGUAAAGCUUGGACUGGUAGACUAUUCCGUGAAUAGUGCCAUUGAGUACUGGGGAGGCUAUCACACGCACUUCAAGAUUGUCCUCUCACCUUGUAACAGGGGCCGACUGCUGUCAUACUAUUGCUUCUUCCCUCGUGAGGCUGGCGAUCUGACAGCCCAGACGUGGGAUCAGGAAGCCACAGUUGAGGAACUGCUGGCACCGUACCCCGACCUCGACCGCAAUGUGUUCAAGCAUCUAGAGCAAGGAUACGAAGUGCGGCCAUGGCGAUUGUGGCUGCACGAGCCCUAUCCUUUUUGGCAGAAAGGCGUAGCUUGUCUGAUGGGAGAUGCAGCUCACCCAAUGAUGCCAGAUCAGAGCCAAGGUGCCUGCCAAGCCAUUGAGGAUGCCGCUGCACUGGGUCUGGUGUUCAGCAAGGAGCACUUUAAUGGCAAUGUGAGGGAUGCGUUGGAGAUCUAUGAGACAAUCAGAAAGCCAAGAGGCACCAAGGUGCAAGCUGCGUCCGCCCGAGCUCGCUUGAAUAUUAAUGAGCGCAUCGGCUUUUCCAGCAAUACAGACAACGAAGUGUUUGCAGUCCAAGAUGAGGAGGACACAUUAACUAUUGACGAAAUGAACAGGUAUGACAUGAAGGCACACGUGAGGGAGGUGGUGAAGAGCCGCCGUCAAGGAUCUUAG